AUGAAUUAUGUGUUUGCCAAUUCAGAAUGCAGCAGUGGAUGUGAAUCUGGAUGGACUUUGUACUUAGAACACUCAUCUUCCUCUUUCUCUCAGUAUAGUGUUGCCAAGAAAGUAAAAGUCGAAGACGGAGAAGAAGAGGAGAAUGAAGACUUGUCUAUGGUUUCUGAUGCAUCGUCGGGACCUCCACAUUUUCACGAAGAAGAUGAGUUUUAUCGUGCACCGGUAGAUGCCACAUUGUCGAAGAUUAACAGGCCUAAUAUGAAGAAAGUUAAGGAAAAUCCACGUCGAAAGGUUCAGGAACAACCUUCUUUACUCGAUGAUACUGCUAGCUCGCCUAUCUUCGACUACUCCGAGAAGAAUUUUUCACUUCCAAAUGGCCAAGCUUCUGUAGAGAAUGCAUUGGAAUGCUCACAAGGCUACUCCACAACUCAGUUUGAGGGGAGAUCUACAUAUCAGGAAAAUUAUGAUUUCUUCCGGUCUUCACUGUAUGCAAAUCAACAGCAGCAAAAUCAUUUGAAUGGUCUGAAGGCAAGAGGAUUUGAUAGCAUGAAUUGA